AUGCCCCGGCCUAAAAAGGUAAUUUGGCAUGGCUCCCAUAAAUUUGGCGAUCGAGCUAUGGACACCUACUGUGAUGCUUGGAACUCUAAUAGUCCUGAUCGAUAUGGAUUAAGCUCUUCAAUUACAAGAAGCAGACUUUUGGAACAAACUCGUUAUUCAUGUGAUAAUAAAUUGGCAUUAUUAUGUAUAGAAGUAACAAGUGAGAUAGCUAGAAGACGACGAAAUUCUGAAAAUAGCUUAAAUAAUGGUAACGAUGAAAUAUCGGAAGAAAAGUAUCAAGAAGAUCUUGAUCAUAUUAUAAAAAAUUAA